ACGAUCGUCUGUCGGGCGUGUGUCCGUCGGUGCUGUGCGCGUUGCGAUCCGUGCUUCUUGGAAGACGAUUCCUAUGUUGAACAGUUGCAUAUGAAGUAUAAAUAAUUGGAAAACAAAAAGGGAUGCCACAAAGUUACGCUAUUGUAUCUGAUAAAGGAAGUCUCCUUAGUGCACUCAGUGCCAAUGAAAAAGAGCUCCCCUCUUCAAAGUGUUGAGGUGUUGUAGCCCAGGCCCUUUCGCUGCUUUCGCUGUGCUCCCUUGGCCCUACGGAUACACGUUUUCUUCAACAUGAUCGCUACAGACAUCAUUCGCGAUCUGGGCGAAGACCCCGACAAGGUUUGUGGCCACGAGGACCACGUUGUGCUCAAGCUUGAAAAGCCUUGGCCGUCUUCGACAUCCUCUUCAUCUUCAUCUUCAACGCCAAAACUGCCACAGGGUCUGUCUCUCAACAACGAAGGGCGCCUCAUCACCACCACCGCGGAUGCUUUCGUUGAGAACCGCAGCUUCCUCAGCGAGCACCGCGUGGUCGCCGCACUGUUUUCCGGCUGUGCUUCAUUCGACGAGUGCCGAUCGUUGGGCGCAGCUGCGCGCAGCGUACUGUGCAACGUCCAGACGCUCGUGAUCGUCCACAACCGCGACUUUGUGCGCACGCUGAUCGAUCUGUUUCGUUCUGUGGAAACGAUCGUCCUGCAUCAUGACAUGCGACUGCAGAUGCCCGAGGAUGACUGGGGUGACAUUCGCGGUGCUCUUCCGCAGCUCAAGCGGCUUAUUGGCAGCACACCGGCGUUGGGAGCGCACAACUUGUUUCUUAGCGCGGCGACUAUCUGUGGCCUGCUUGGUGACUGCCCCUACCUGUGUGAGCUGCAGACAUCGAUGCACGAGAUCCUUAGCCCAGCCAAUCCACUGGUGAGCAUGCUAUUGGCAGCACGACCCGCCCUUCUCACGUCUUGGGGCCUUAUACUCGGGGCAGACGUGGAGCGGCUGGAUGGCACGACGGGUGUUGUCUGGGACAUCACGCCAGGGCACAUGGUCCAGGCGAACAUGUUCUUCCGCAGCUUGCGACGCAUCGAGGUGACCACAACUCACAGCCAGACUAUCGCCGCCAUCGGCGUCUUUGAUCAGCUCACUGACGUCUCAUUGAUGUUCAUUGCGCAAGGCACGCUGUGCUCCUUCCAAGGGCUCGUCGAGGACACGCUCAAGGAUCUCCCGCUCAAGCACCUGUCACUCAAGUUCAUCAAGGACGUCAGUCUUCCCGCCGUCGCCAAGCACUGGCCGCGUCUGCAGACCCUGUCGCUCCCCGAAUGCUCUGUCAUCGAAGAUGACGCCGAUGACCUCGUCCCCGGAUCGUUUGUGGGACUGGUCAAUCUGCGACUGGGAUCGGACAUUGCAAUCCGCACGCUCGAGGCGCUGCUAGGUGCGACGAGGCGGCUAAUUUCGCUCCGCCUCGAUGGGGAUCUCCUCGUAACGUCGUUCGUGAUCCGAAGUUCGCUCGGCUCGCUGCCGCGGCUCGAGCGCCUCGUGCUCGGCACCAAGCACCCCCUGCCGGUGCUCAUCCUGACGGGAAAUGACCUGCGCUUCCUCAUUAAGGCCCUGCCUGCCCUUCGGUACGUAGCCACCGACAGCUACGACCUUCGGCUGUUCUUUCAGAACUACAUGUCAUGGGUGACGCUCGACUGGGGCCAGUGCACAACGUGCGCCGCGGAGUUCCCACGCAUCGACGAGACGCAGAGGGAGUUCUGGCAGAAGGCGGUGACGCCAAUCAAAAGGGGAAGAUGAAUGACAGCAUCCACUUGGCAUCCUUGACCGGAAGUGACGUGUAACGACAAUCGAGGGUGUCCUGGUGAGAUGCCGCUCUUUCUCAGUCAUCAUGUGCUCCAGCCCCACCGUAUUUUGCUAGUGAUAUGUGCGAUUAGUCAGCGCGUCUGAUCACGUGCGAGUUCCGAACUGGCUCAAGUGUCUAAGUCUCUACAGAAUGCAGAGCUACUGUUCCUUUUGUGAACUAGGGCUGACCUUGGUCAUGGCUGCGCCUUGUGGGGAAAUUGGUACCUAGUACCAGGCAGGUGGUGCUGCUUCUGACAAGCAGGGAUGAGUGUUCGUGUUGCAUGGCCAUCGGCAGCAUUUUACGGUGGUUCUGAGGAGCCUGCCAUGGCAAACACCUUAUGGGUACCAGCAUGCAGCGUUGAAUUCAGGGCUGAGUGGCACACCACAAGAUCACGUGACGCGUUUUUAGAAGAAGGUUGUGAUACUUCUAAAGCUUUUGGCAAGCUGAAGCAGUAGAGAGGAUUUUGUUGCCACAUGUGUACAAGAAAGAUAGCAUCUUCAGUUUAAGGAGUGCAGAGACGUGACAGACAGAUUUUUUUCAAACAUUUUUGGAAAGCGCUCUCAGUGUGCUCAGGUGACAAGAGCAUACCGAAUUCCUGCACCUGUCCUGUGGUCAUGUCUUUUCUGGCAGGUUCACAUUUACUUAAAUAUGUUGGGCCAGGCAAAACAGUCUUUUAAACUUGAAAUUCAUCCGUUCUUUCAGCAGUAUGUUGUAUCUUUGGCAAGUAUUUGUUGACAUGAAAAUGUGUCAGUGUCCUUGUUUUCUGCUGAUGUCCUGACCUGUGCAUGCCAGUCCCAUCUGCUGUAAGAUGUCAGCCACAAUAGCUCUUGCUUAACUGGGCUGAACACCUGCUUUUGGCAUUAGUGUACUUGUCUGAAUGCUUUUGUGCUAGGUGCCAGGCCUUUCAGUGGUAAAUUGGUGGAUUUUGCUGAGGAGUUCUUGAUAUUUUGGUGUUUCUAUUACAGUGGUAAAAGAAAUAGGAAGCACUUGGUGAUUGUGACAAGUUGUUUUGCGUGGACUAACAUCUUUAGGAAAAUGACAUAUAGUUGAUACCACCUACCCUUACUACUUGUUUAUUGUAAAUGCUGUCACUUGGCUCUUAUUGAAACAUUUGCUGUUGUGACUGAAGGGCUUCAGCAGUUGUAUGUUAAAACUGAGUAAUUGAAUCUCCAUGUUUAGACAUUUCUUGCUGUGAGCUAUUUGCGGUGAUCAUCGCAGUUUAGAUUAAAGGGGUACUGACACAAAAUUUCACGGCCGAGAUAGUGUGCGGGAUCGAUUCCCGUGAACAUGCUUAUAUCAUCUGCAAAAUAUCAACAGUGAAUAGCUUGGAAGGUAUUUUAAAUGAAUUUUGAAGUUUGCGUGAGUGAUCGAGCCCCUCGGGCUAUUGACACCCUCAAAGGUGACCCCAGGUGACCCCCUACUUCCCUGACGUGACCGCGCUGCAACAAGUUAUGAUGACGUCAUAGCCGCCAUGUUUUUGCCGCGUUCGCUCCAGCAGCCUACCUCUGGGCGGCUGCUCGCAAACCGCGCGAAAGUGCGUCACAGUUCUGUGUACUGACGUGUCGAGCGCUGCACCCGCUAGGUGGUGAUAGUUGCACCCGGAUGCUUGUCGUUUUUGAAACCGAAACUGACACUGGUCAGUAAUGAAGAGCCUGUAAUUAAUUAUCUGUCACGUGCUGCAGCAAACGAUGUGCCGUGUUAUGACUAGCAGGCCCCUAGUAACACAUUGCAUCAAAAAAACGCGAGGCCAAAAUUUUUUUGUCAGUACCCCUUUAACAUAAGCCAGAGAAGUUUGCACACAAUGAUGUACCCUAGACGAUUGCAUUUGCUUCUAGUGACAUACUGCGUUCUAGAGCACACCUACCAAGUAGGAGUGCUUGAGUUGGUUUGUAUAUAUUUAUUAUUAAUUACUUGUAGUUAUGUACAUCUUAUAUAUGUUCUUGAUAAUUACUAUACGUGCUAAUGGCAUUUAUCAAUAAUGGAAUUCAAACUGAACUGUAUGAAAGUAACUACUGCUAAGCUGUGUUUAGAAAUGUAUGUAUUAUAUUCUCACAGUGUAACUUCUGGACAUGCCUUGUUUUCGUUUUUUUUUUAAUUUACUUUUCAGUGAUGAGUGUUGUACACUUUAAAAUUACUAUUGGACAAUUGAGGGGACGUCUUGUUUUGCUAUGCAGCUUUUCUGUAUAAAGCACUUUUCAUUUUUGUAAAACUGUAUCUCAGGGUUUUUUGUUGUUGCAUGUGUGUUUGCAGUCACGCAAAGUGUAUGAUGGACAUCUGAAGGUAGACCUUAUUUAGGGAUGGGAUGCACAUUGCCUUGAAGCUUGCACCAUGACUUUGCCACCUGGAAGCAAUGGAAGUUGUGGCUGAGUGUGUUAAGCAAGGCAUUUGUGGAGCUCUGCCUUGCACCAGCAGUCACAUAAAGUCACUUUUGCAAAUCCAUGAACCCUUCUUUUUUGACUCUGCUAAGUCAGGCGUAGAACCACCCCAUGUCACUGUAAUGCUAUUUACAGGCGGAUAAAACUUAAAAAGUCUGGAGAUGCCUUCUGGAGACUAUUAUUAUGUGUGAUGUUCUUUUGAACUUCACUGUGAUUUGUGCAUGUAUCAGCCAGCACUUUUUACUUUCAAGAAUGUUCGAUGACUUCAAUCCUUCAGGGACUGACUUUUGUGUCUCCAUGUAAUUAACAAUUUCGCAAUUUCAUGCCUGCUUCGCUAAAAAGGCUGUUGCAGUCACAAAAGCUUUGUUGUUAAUUAUGCACUUUGGCUCAUGGUUUCAGGGCAAGUCUUUUGCACAUCUGCAGUCACUUGUGUUGUUUCUCUCACAUCUUUUCAAAUCACAUCUCUGCACAUCAAGCUUUUUCUGAUUACUUCUUGCUGGAUAGCCAAAGAAUGACUGAAUGAAUCAAAUGCAACAGUUCAAGAAGGAAAUACCUCCAUGUUUGUAUGUCAUCGUCAAGGCUCAUCAACGAACCCUUCACCGAAUAGCAGCCAUAAACAGAGAUAUAGCUGUUUACUUGGAGAUGGUGGUGUCCAAACUACCCCAGGCGACAGUUUUCUCCAAGUACAAGCCACGAAUCUCAAAGGCCUUU